AUGGCAGUUCAAACUCCUAAACAAAGAAUUGCCAACCAAAAGUUUGCCAAGCGGAACGAGAAGAAACUAGGCAAAGCCAAAAAAACUGAGUCCAAAUCCUCGCUGGCCUUGCCCAACUACUGGGUCUUCGGACUUCUGUUUCUACUGAUAGGAGGCGGUGUGCUUGAACUCAUUAGCCUCUUUCUAUAA